GGAUGCGAGGAUCCCGAGAGUGAGUUCAUCAGGGAGACUCGAUUGUUCCGGCGAGCGUCACACACUCUUCUUCACCGACCCUUUCACCGUGGACAGCAGUCCAUCGUAUCUAAUCUUUAAUUCGGCGACAUCUACGAGUUCGUCGGUAACGAGGCCUAUGAGCACCAGUAUAUAAUCCACCUAGUCCCCCCUAUCCAGCACAACAACACCACCACCAACCUCGACAAUGAUCGAGACGGAAUACCAAUUCGGCGGCCCUCUCGGUGCCGCCGGCGUGACCUUCGGCACACCCGCGAUCGCAUACCUCCUAUACUUUGUGUGCAACGAGAACGGGUGUCCGUCGAGUUCGUUCCUCGAGGAUCCCCUCGCGGCCCUCGCCGCGCAAUGGCCCGGCAUUGACGGGGUCUUUUCGUCAAAGAUCUUUGGCUACUACUGCGCGUGGUACUUUGGGCUGGCCGCGUUGCAGUUUAUCCUGCCCGGGAGAACGCAGGAGGGUGUCGAGCUGAAGGACAAGACGCGUUUGAAGUAUAAGCUCAAUGUCCUCGAAACCUCUCUCACCAUCUUCGGCUACCUCGGUUUCAUGACGGUGAAGGAAGGACUCAGCUGGAGCUUCUGGGUCUGGAUGUGGAGCAACUACCUCUACCUCCUCAGCUCCGCGCUGGUCUUCGCCACGCUCCUUGCGACCUACGUAUACGCCGCCAGCUUCUUCACUCGCGAGCUCCUCUCGGACCACGGCGCGACCGGCAACCCCCUGUACGACUGGUUCAUCGGGCGACCCCUCAACCCGCGCAUCGGGAUGCUGGACCUAAAGCAAUUCUCGGAGCUCCGCCCAGGGAUGAUCCUGUGGCCGAUCCUGAACUUCACGUUCCUCGCGCACCAAUACACGACCGCCGGACGCGUGACAGACAGCAUGCUCCUUGUGAACGCGUUCCAGGCGUGGUACGUGAUCGACAGCUUCAUCAACGAGCCCGCGGUGCUGACAACGAUGGACAUCACGACGGAUGGGUUCGGGUUCAUGCUCGCGUUCGGUGACCUGGCGUGGCUGCCGUUCGUGUACUCUCUGCAGGCGCGGUACCUCGCCAUGUACCCGACCGACCUUGGGGUGCGGGGCGUGCUCGGCGUCCUCGCGGUGCAGGCGACAGGCUACUACAUCUUCCGUGGCUCCAACGGCGAGAAGAACAAGUUCCGCACGAACCCGGAGGACCCGAAGGUCGCCCACCUCAAGUUCAUCGAGACGAAGAGCGGCAGCAGACUCCUCGUCUCCGGAUGGUGGGCUGUCGCGAGACAUGUCAACUACCUGGGCGACUGGAUCAUGGCUUGGGCGUGGUGUCUCCCCACCGGAUUCAAGACCCCCGUCACUUACUUCUAUGUCGUCUACUUCGCCGUGCUCCUGGUCCACCGUGAUAGGAGGGACGAGGCGAAGUGUAGAGCUAAGUACGGCAAGGACUGGGAUCGCUACACGAAGGUCGUGCCGUGGAGGAUUGUGCCGGGGAUUUAUUAGGUGGGAGGUGUCGUCGUUGGGGGGAGGGGAGGGGGCAGAAAAGGAUGGAUGGAUGACGGAUGGAUGGAUGGUUGUAUCAUAUUGCAUACCGUAGAUUAAUCAUUAUGCCUAUUAAGGUUGACGAAGAUUUAAUGUGUCGAAAGCGGAGCGGGUGAGAUCAGAU